ACUCCAAGCUAUAAUUUGUGCUAUUUAUAGCAGGCACAGCUGGCCUGUCAGGGAGGGAGGUUGUGAGGCUAUAAGCAGGUCUGAUACCGGUCCCGGAUUGAGAGUUGGAGUGAGGAAGAGACAGCACUGGAACCCAUGGACACAUCAUACCCUCGUGAGGACCCCCGGGCCCUAACAUCCCGCAAGGCUGAUGGUGCUGCUGACAUAGCCCUCACGCUGGGAACUCCUUGUCCCCCACCUCAAGACCAUCUGAUCUGGUCAGUCUUCAGCACACUCUACCUGAACCUGUGCUGUCUUGGUUUCCUGGCACUUGUGCACUCUGUCAAGGCCCGAGACCAGAAGGUAGCUGGGGACCUGGAGGCUGCACAGCGUUAUGGCUCCAAAGCCAAGUGCUACAACAUCCUGGCUGCAAUGUGGUCACUAGUGCCACCUCUUCUACUCCUUGGGCUGGUGGUGACUGGAGCCCUACACCUGUCCCGGCUGGCCAAGGACUCUGCAGCCUUCUUCAGCGCCAAGUUCGACGAUGGAGACUAUGACUGACAGGAUGGUCCUCGCGCUACUUGAGGACACUGAUCCUAGGGGCUCAAUACCAGCUCCAAGAUCCUACUAUAAAGCCUUGAUUCCCACUCUCCUCCCCACAAGCAGUGUCCCCUUGUCCAUCACAGCAUCCAAUGCUUAGACCCAUGCUGAUCAAAGGGGUCCCUCAUACCUAACUCUGCCUCUUUCUUCCUACUCAGCAGGCUUAUCUUCUGUUCACCAUUAAAAGCUUCAAGUUCCAGAAGUACCUCAGAACCUCCUUCAUGGCUGCAUGGGGCGGGGGUGGGCGGGAAACACCACAGCCAAAUACUUCAACCAACCCUCAGUCACUCUGUUCUAUCUGUUUGCUGCUCCCUACUGUCGACUUCUCUCAGCCCAAGGGCAGCCUGUGGUUCUAGGGUGGAGGCAUCUGAGUAUUUUUGGAUGAAGUUUGGGAAUGCUGGCCUUUGAUUCUUGCUGCAUGGUGGU